GACAGCAGCUUCCCAUUGCGGGUAACCCCGGCGGUGGCAGCGGUGGCGGCGGCGGCAGCGGCGGCACCGCCUCCUCCUCACACUCCCGAGGUGGCGGGGUUAGAUGAGCGGUCCCAGUAGCGGCGAGGGCGGCGCAGGGGGGAGAAAGAGAAGACGGAGGAGGAGGAGGAGGACGCCGUCUUUGUAGUGCCCUGCUGCAGGAACGAGAGGCCGCUGCCAGAGCCGUCGUCGUUGGAAAAGGGCUGUGUGCGCGCGCGUGUCUGCUUGCCCGGCCCGCAGGGACGAGGCGGCGGUGGCGGCGGCGGCGGCGAGGAUGAUGAUGUGCUCAGCGACUGCCUCCCCCGCCGCCGCCUCCUCGGGGCCCGGCGGGGACGGAUUCUUCCCAGCCGCCACCAUCUCUUCCUCCUCGGCGCCGGGGGCGCUGUUCAUGCCGGUUCCCGAGGGCUCCGUGGCUGCGGCGGGGCUGGGGCUGGGGCUGCCGGCCGCGGACUCCCGGGGUCACUACCAGCUGCUGCUGUCAGGCCGGGCCCUGGCCGACCGCUAUCGGAGGAUUUACACAGCUGCGCUCAGUGACAGGGACCAGGGGGGCAGCAACGCUGGACACCCAGCCUCCAGGAAUAAGAAAAUUUUAAAUAAGAAGAAGUUGAAAAGAAAACAGAAGAGCAAAUCAAAAGUGAAGACAAGAAACAAGUCUGAAAACUUGGAGAAUACAGUAAUCAUACCAGAUAUCAAACUACAUAGCAAUCCUUCUGCUUUCAAUAUUUAUUGCAACGUACGCCAUUGUGUUCUGGAAUGGCAGAAAAAGGAAACAUCGUUGGCAGCUGCAUCCAAGAACUCUGUGCAGAGUGGAGAGUCAGACAGUGAUGAAGAGGAGGAAUCCAAAGAGCCCCCUAUCAAGCUUCCAAAGAUCAUUGAAGUUGGACUUUGUGAAGUUUUUGAAUUGAUCAAGGAGACACGAUUUUCUCACCCAUCCCUAUGCCUCAGGAGUCUCCAGGCCCUGCUUAACGUACUUCAGGGUCAGCAGCCAGAAGGCCUUCAGUCAGAGCCACCUGAGGUCCUAGAGUCUCUCUUCCAGCUCCUUUUGGAAAUCACUGUUCGAAGUACGGGAAUGAAUGACAGCACAGGCCAGUCUCUGACAGCACUUUCCUGUGCUUGCCUCUUUAGUCUGGUGGCUUCUUGGGGAGAAACAGGAAGGACACUUCAGGCCAUCUCUGCUAUCCUCACCAAUAAUGGCAGCCACGCUUGCCAAACAAUACAGGUGCCAACGAUACUAAAUUCCCUACAGAGAAGUGUACAGGCAGUGUUGGUGGGAAAAAUUCAAAUUCAGGACUGGUUUAGCAAUGGCAUUAAGAAAGCAGCUUUAAUGCAUAAGUGGCCAUUAAAAGAAAUAUCUGUUGAUGAAGAUGAUCAAUGUCUACUUCAGAAUGAUGGAUUUUUUCUUUAUCUGUUAUGCAAGGAUGGAUUAUACAAAAUAGGCUCUGGAUACAGUGGAACAGUUAGGGGCCAUAUAUAUAAUUCUACAUCUCGCAUCAGAAACAGAAAAGAAAAAAAGUCUUGGUUAGGGUAUGCUCAGGGUUAUUUAUUGUAUAGAGAUGUGAAUAACCACAGCAUGACAGCCAUAAGAAUAAGCCCUGAAACACUGGAACAAGAUGGUACAGUAAUGUUACCAGAUUGCCACACUGAAGGUCAAAAUAUUUUAUUUACUGAUGGAGAAUAUAUUAAUCAGAUAGCUGCUUCAAGAGAUGAUGGCUUUGUUGUCAGAAUAUUUGCCACAAGCACUGAACCUGUGCUACAACAAGAAUUACAACUGAAACUGGCCAGAAAAUGUUUACAUGCCUGUGGUAUCUCACUAUUUGACCUGGAAAAGGACUUGCAUAUUAUAAGUACAGGAUUUGAUGAGGAGUCAGCAAUACUUGGUGCAGGACGAGAGUUUGCACUAAUGAAAACAGCAAGUGGAAAGAUAUAUUAUACUGGCAAGUACCAGAGUCUUGGAAUCAAGCAAGGUGGUCCUUCAGCAGGAAAAUGGGUUGAGUUACCAAUUACAAAAUCUCCAAAGAUUGUACACUUUUCAGUUGGACACGAUGGCUCUCAUGCCCUUUUAGUUGCAGAAGAUGGAAGCAUAUUCUUUACAGGAUCUGCGAGUAAAGGAGAAGAUGGAGAGUCAACUAAGAGCAGACGGCAAUCAAAACCCUAUAAACCUAAAAAGAUAAUUAAGAUGGAAGGAAAGAUUGUGGUGUAUACAGCCUGUAAUAAUGGAAGUAGUUCUGUUAUUUCUAAAGAUGGAGAGCUGUACAUGUUUGGGAAAGAUGCCAUUUACUCUGACAGUUCAAGUUUGGUAACAGAUUUGAAGGGCCAUUUUGUAACUCAAGUAGCUAUGGGGAAAGCUCAUACUUGUGUUUUAAUGAAGAAUGGAGAAGUCUGGACAUUUGGUGUGAAUAAUAAAGGACAGUGUGGACGAGACACUGGUGCCAUGAACCAAGGGGGGAAAGGGUUUGGAGUUGAGAAUAUGGCAACAGCAAUGGAUGAAGACCUGGAAGAAGAACUAGAUGAAAAAGAUGAGAAGUCCAUGAUGUGUCCUCCAGGCAUGCAUAAAUGGAAGCUGGAACAGUGCAUGGUGUGUACUGUCUGUGGAGACUGUACAGGUUAUGGAGCCAGUUGUGUCAGUAGUGGGCGUCCAGACAGAGUCCCUGGAGGGAUCUGUGGUUGUGGUUCUGGAGAAUCUGGCUGUGCCGUGUGUGGGUGUUGCAAGGCUUGUGCAAGAGAGUUGGAUGGUCAGGAGGCAAGACAAAGAGGAAUUCUUGAUGCAGUGAAGGAGAUGAUACCUUUAGAUCUUCUCUUAGCUGUCCCAGUGCCUGGGGUUAACAUUGAAGAACACCUUCAGUUACGACAAGAAGAAAAGCGACAACGUGUAAUCAGGAGACACAGAUUAGAAGAAGGAAGAGGCCCCCUUGUAUUUGCUGGUCCUAUUUUUAUGAACCAUCGAGAACAGGCUCUAGCCAGACUCAGAUCCCAUCCAGCUCAGCUAAAGCAUAAACGGGACAAGCACAAAGAUGGAAGUGGAGAACGAGGAGAAAAAGAUGCCAGCAAAAUCACAACAUAUCCUCCAGGCUCUGUGCGAUUUGACUGUGAGCUCCGAGCAGUACAAGUCAGCUGUGGAUUUCACCAUUCAGUGGUUUUAAUGGAAAAUGGAGAUGUCUAUACGUUUGGAUAUGGGCAGCAUGGGCAGCUAGGACAUGGAGAUGUCAAUUCCAGGGGAUGUCCCACUCUUGUUCAAGCUUUGCCAAGCCCUAGCACACAAGUUACUGCAGGCAGCAACCACACGGCCGUACUUUUAAUGGACGGACAGGUCUUCACAUUUGGAAGUUUUUCUAAAGGACAGCUGGGUAGACCAAUUUUGGAUGUGCCAUAUUGGAAUGCAAAACCAGCUCCCAUGCCUAACAUUGGAUCAAAGUAUGGACGAAAAGCUACCUGGAUAGGUGCAAGUGGGGACCAGACCUUCUUACGCAUUGAUGAAGCACUUAUUAAUUCUCAUGUGCUGGCUACAUCAGAAAUUUUUGCCAGUAAACACAUAAUAGGCUUGGUACCUGCUUCUAUAUCAGAACCUCCUCCAUUUAAAUGUCUUCUGAUAAAUAAAGUGGAUGGGAGCUGUAAAACUUUUAAUGACUCUGAACAAGAAGAUCUGCAAGGAUUUGGUGUGUGUCUUGAUCCAGUAUAUGAUGUCAUUUGGAGGUUUCGACCAAAUACCAGAGAACUGUGGUGUUACAAUGCAGUGGUUGCUGAUGCCAGACUUCCCUCUGCAGCAGACAUGCAAUCCAGAUGCAGUAUUCUAAGUCCUGAACUUGCCUUACCAACAGGAUCCAGGGCUCUCACCACCCGAUCUCAUGCAGCUUUGCACAUUCUAGGUUGCCUUGAUACCUUAGCAGCUAUGCAGGAUUUAAAAAUGGGUGUUGCAAGUACAGAGGAGGAGACUCAAGCAGUAAUGAAGGUUUAUUCCAAAGAAGAUUAUAGUGUAGUAAACAGGUUUGAAAGUCAUGGAGGGGGCUGGGGUUACUCUGCUCAUUCAGUAGAAGCUAUACGUUUUAGUGCUGACACUGAUAUUUUACUUGGUGGCCUUGGUUUGUUUGGAGGGAGAGGAGAAUAUACUGCUAAAAUUAAGCUAUUCGAGUUGGGUCCUGAUGGAGGAGAUCAUGAAACCGAUGGAGACCUUCUUGCAGAGACCGAUGUGUUGGCUUAUGACUGUGCUGCCAGAGAAAAAUAUGCAAUGAUGUUUGAUGAACCAGUUCUUUUGCAAGCUGGUUGGUGGUAUGUAGCAUGGGCUCGAGUGUCCGGACCCAGCAGUGACUGUGGAUCUCAUGGACAAGCUUCUAUUACCACAGAUGAUGGGGUGGUAUUCCAAUUUAAGAGUUCAAAGAAAUCAAAUAAUGGUACAGAUGUUAAUGCUGGUCAGAUACCCCAAUUAUUAUACAGACUUCCAACCAGUGAUGGCAGUGCCUCAAAGGGCAAACAGCAAACCAGCGAACCUGUACACAUUUUAAAGAGAUCUUUUGCAAGAACUGUCUCAGUGGAAUGUUUUGAGUCAUUGUUGAGUAUUCUUCACUGGAGCUGGACCACCUUAGUCUUAGGAGUUGAAGAACUUAGAGGAUUAAAAGGAUUCCAGUUCACAGCUACACUUCUAGAUCUAGAAAGACUGCGUUUUGUGGGUUCCUGUUGUCUGAGGUUAUUGCGUGUCUAUACCUGUGAAAUUUACCCAGUAUCAGCUACAGGAAAAGCAGUUGUAGAAGAAACUAGCAAAUUAGCAGAAUGUAUUGGAAAAACCAGAACUUUGUUAAGAAAAAUUUUAUCAGAAGGAGUUGAUCACUGCAUGGUGAAGUUGGAUAAUGAUCCUCAAGGAUACCUCAGUCAACCCUUGAGUCUCCUAGAAGCUGUCCUUCAGGAGUGUCAUAAUACCUUCACUGCCUGUUUUCAUUCUUUCUACCCAACUCCUGCCUUACAAUGGGCUUGCCUUUGUGAUCUGCUGAAUUGUUUGGAUCAGGAUAUCCAAGAAGCAAACUUCAAGACCUCGAGUAGCCGAUUGCUUGCAGCUGUUAUGUCGGCUCUUUGCCACACUUCUGUGAAGCUGACUUCUAUCUUCCCUAUUGCAUACGAUGGAGAGGUGCUGCUACGAUCAAUUGUUAAACAAGUUAGCACAGAGAAUGACUCAACACUAGUUCACCGGUUUCCCCUUUUGGUAGCACAUAUGGAGAAACUCAGCCAGAGUGAAGAGAAUAUCUCUGGUAUGACAAGCUUCCGAGAAGUUCUGGAGAAAAUGUUGGUUAUUGUUGUGCUCCCAGUCAGGAAUAGCCUGAGGCGAGAAAAUGAGCUCUUCUCCUCCCACCUGGUUUCCAAUACCUGUGGAUUGCUGGCCAGUAUUGUCAGCGAGCUGACAGCAUCAGCCCUGGGAUCUGAGGUUGAUGGACUUAAUUCUCUCCACUCCGUUAAAGCCAGUGCUAAUCGAUUCACAAAAACAAGUCAAGGAAGAAGUUGGAACACUGGGAAUGGGUCCCCUGAUGCAAUCUGUUUUUCAGUAGACAAACCUGGAAUAGUUGUGGUUGGUUUUUCUGUCUAUGGAGGAGGUGGAAUUCAUGAAUAUGAAUUAGAGGUAUUGGUUGAUGACAGUGAACAUGCAGGAGAUUCGACUCAUUCUCAUAGAUGGACAUCUCUAGAAUUAGUCAAAGGAACCUAUACAACAGAUGAUUCACCCAGUGAUAUAGCUGAAAUCAGACUUGACAAAGUUGUUCCUUUAAAGGAAAAUGUUAAAUAUGCUGUGCGCUUGAGGAACUACGGAAGCCGUACAGCCAACGGAGAUGGAGGAAUGACCACCGUUCAGUGCCCUGAUGGCGUGACAUUCACAUUCAGCACAUGCAGCUUGAGUAGUAAUGGCACAAACCAAACCAGAGGACAGAUUCCACAGAUACUCUACUAUAGGAGUGAAUUUGAUGGAGAUUUACAAUCCCAGCUUCUAAGUAAAGCCAAUGAAGAAGAUAAAAACUGUAGCAGAGCUCUCUCUGUGGUAAGCACUGUUGUUCGAGCUGCAAAAGACCUCUUGCACAGAGCUCUUGCUGUGGAUGCUGAUGACAUUCCAGAACUGCUUAGCUCUUCCAGUCUGUUUUCCAUGCUGCUUCCCCUUAUUAUAGCCUACAUAGGACCAGUAGCUGCUGCUAUUCCCAAGGUGGCUGUAGAAGUCUUUGGUCUUGUCCAACAAUUACUUCCCUCAGUUGCCAUUUUGAAUCAGAAGUAUGCACCCCCUGCAUUCAAUCCCAAUCAGUCGACAGAUAGCACCACAGGAAACCAGCCUGAGCAAGGCCUCUCUGCUUGUACAACCUCUAAUCACUACGCUGUCAUAGAGAGUGAGCACCCCUAUAAGCCGGCGUGUGUGAUGCACUACAAGGUGACAUUCCCGGAAUGUGUACGGUGGAUAACGAUCGAGUUUGACCCCCAGUGUGGCACUGCACAGUCAGAAGAUGUCCUUCGUUUGUUGAUUCCUGUUAGAACUAUUCAGAAUUCAGGAUAUGGACCAAAAUUGACAUCUGUUCAUGAAAAUCUGAAUUCCUGGAUAGAAUUAAAGAAAUUUUCAGGGUCCGCUGGGUGGCCUACUAUGGUUUUAGUGUUGCCAGGAAAUGAGGCCCUUUUUUCAUUGGAAACUGCAUCAGAUUAUGUGAAAGAUGACAAAGCUUCUUUCUAUGGUUUUAAAUGUUUUGCAAUUGGAUACGAGUUUAGCCCUGGACCUGAUGAGGGAGUUAUUCAGUUGGAAAAAGAAUUAGCCAAUCUUGGUGGAGUUUGUGCCGCAGCUUUGAUGAAAAAGGAUCUAGCACUUCCUAUUGGUAAUGAAUUAGAGGAAGACCUUGAAAUUCUUGAAGAGGCUGCAUUGCAGGUGUGCAAAACCCAUUCCGGUAUUCUUGGAAAGGGUUUAGCUCUUUCUCAUUCACCAACUAUAUUAGAGGCACUUGAAGGAAAUUUACCACUUCAAAUCCAAAGCAAUGAACAGUCCUUUCUGGAUGAUUUUAUUGCUUGUGUUCCAGGAUCAAGUGGUGGCAGGCUUGCAAGGUGGCUUCAGCCAGACUCUUAUGCUGAUCCUCAGAAAACAUCUCUGAUCCUGAACAAGGAUGAUAUUCGUUGUGGUUGGCCUACCACCAUAACUGUUCAAACAAAAGACCAAUAUGGGGAUGUGGUACAUGUUCCCAAUAUGAAGGUGGAGGUGAAAGCCGUUCCUGUUUCUCAGAAAAAAACAUCUUUACAACAAGAGCAAGUGAAAAAACCUCAAAGGAUCCCUGGCAGCCCUGCAGUAGCAACUGUGCCUUCCAAUACUGAUAUGACCUUUGGCGGGCUGGCAUCUCCGAAGCUGGAUGUUUCCUAUGAACCCAUGAUAGUGAAGGAAGCUCGGUAUAUUGCCAUAACAAUGAUGAAGGUUUAUGAAAAUUACUCAUUUGAAGAACUACGUUUUGCAUCACCAACUCCUAAAAGACCCAGUGAGAAUAUGCUGAUCCGUGUCAAUAACGAUGGCACUUACUGUGCAAAUUGGACUCCAGGGGCUAUUGGGCUCUACACUAUUCAUGUGACCAUUGAUGGCAUUGAAAUAGAUGCUGGCCUAGAAGUUAAAGUAAAGGACCCACCAAAAGGGAUGAUACCACCAGGAACUCAGUUGGUCAAACCAAAGACUGAACCUCAACCAAAUAAGGUUCGAAAAUUUGUGGCCAAGGAUAGUGCAGGACUCCGUAUCCGUAGCCACCCUUCCCUUCAAAGUGAGCAGAUAGGCAUAGUAAAAGUCAAUGGAACAAUCACUUUCAUUGAUGAGAUCCACAAUGAUGAUGGAGUAUGGCUGAGACUGAAUGAUGAGACAAUAAAGAAGUAUGUUCCUAAUAUGAAUGGUUACACUGAAGCCUGGUGCCUGUCCUUCAAUCAGCAUCUUGGCAAGAGUCUUCUGGUCCCAGUUGACAGUAUCUUUAAUGCUAGCCAAGGAGUCAGGGAUUUGGACGUAUUUUCAUGGACUUCCAAAGCUUUUUUUCCCCAGGAACCUAAAACUAAUACUGAUGACUUUUUCAAAGAUAUAAACUCCUGCUGCCCACAGGAAGCCACAAUGCAAGAACAAGAUAUGCCGUUCUUGCGAGGAGGGCCAGGCAUGUACAAGGUAGUGAAGACAGGACCUUCCGGUCACAACAUCAGAAGCUGCCCUAACCUUAGAGGUAUCCCAAUUGGAAUGUUAGUUCUGGGAAACAAAGUCAAAGCAGUGGGAGAGGUAACCAAUUCUGAAGGUGCGUGGGUGCAGCUGGAUAAGAACAGCAUGGUAGAGUUCUGUGAGAGUGAUGAAGGAGAGGCAUGGUCCUUAGCUAGAGACAGAGGCGGAAACCAGUACCUCCGACAUGAAGAUGAACAAGUUCUUCUGGAUCAAAAUUCUCAAACUCCUCCUCCAAGCCCUUUCUCAGUGCAAGCUUUUAAUAAAGGGGCAAGUUGCAGCGCCCAAGGAUUUGAUUAUGGACUUGGAAAUAAUAAAGUUUUGACUGUUUUGCCCACUGCAGGUGACCAACUGAGUGCCAUAUUGAAUUCCAUUCAGUCACGGCCCAAUCUCCCAGCUCCUUCCAUCUUUGAUCAAGCUGCAAAACCUCCCUCUUCCCUAGUCCACAGCCCAUUUGUGUUCGGACAGCCCCUUUCCUUCCAGCAGCCUCAGCUUCAGAGUGACCGGGGAACUAUCUCAACAUCUUCUAGACCAGUCUCUACACCAGGAAAAUCAGAACUGCCCUCUAAACACAGCAGAUCACUUAAACCUGAUGGACGUAUGAGCCGGACUACUGCUGAUCAGAAGAAGCCAAGGGGUACAGAAGGCUUAUCAGCUAGUGAAUCCCUGAUGUUGAAAUCCGAUGCUGCAAAGUUGAGGUCGGACUCUCAUAGUAGGUCCUUGUCCCCCAACCAUAACACCUUGCAGACACUAAAAUCUGAUGGGAGGAUGUCUUCUAGCUUUAGAGCUGAAUCCCCAGGACCAGGUUCUCGGUCAUCAUCUCCUAAGCCAAAGACUCUCCCAACCAAUAGGUCUAGCCCUUCUGGUGCUAGUUCUCCACGCUCCUCCUCACCACAUGAUAAAAAUCUACCUCAAAAAAGCACUGCUCCUGUUAAAACUAAACUUGAUCCUCCUCGGGAACGUUCUAAAUCAGACUCUUACACACUUGACCCAGAUACCCUUCGCAAGAAGAAAAUGCCCCUCACAGAACCAUUAAGGGGACGAUCAACAUCGCCAAAACCAAAACCGGUACCAAAGGAUUCUAAAGAUUCCCCUGGAUCCGAAAAUAGAGCUCCUUCUCCCCAUGUGGUACAAGAAAACCUUCACAGUGAAGUGGUUGAGGUCUGCACUUCAAGUACUUUGAAAACAAAUAGUCUAACAGAUAGCACCUGUGAUGAAAGCAGUGAAUUUAAGAGUAUCGAUGAAAGUUCCAAUAAAGUUCAUUUCAGCAUAGGAAAAGCACCACUGAAAGAUGAACAGGAAAUGAGAGCAUCCCCCAAAAUAAGUAGAAAAUGUGCUAAUAGGCACACCAGGCCCAAAAAGGAAAAAUCUAGCUUUCUCUUUAAAGGAGAUGGAUCCAAACCUUUAGAGCCAGCCAAGCAAGCCAUGUCCCCUUCUGUAGCUGAGUGUGCCAGAGCAGUCUUUGCCUCUUUUCUGUGGCAUGAAGGCAUAGUCCAUGAUGCAAUGGCCUGUUCGUCUUUCUUAAAGUUUAAUCCUGAACUUUCCAAAGAACAUGCUCCUAUAAGAAAUAGUUUAAACAGCCAACAGCCUACAGAAGAAAAGGAAACCAAAUUAAAAAAUAGACAUUCAUUGGAGAUAUCAUCUGCACUGAAUAUGUUUAAUAUUGCACCUCAUGGACCAGAUAUAUCUAAAAUGGGUAGUAUCAACAAAAAUAAGGUGUUGUCUAUGCUUAAAGAACCACCUCUACAUGAAAAAUGUGAGGAUGGGAAAACCGAAGCCACUUUUGAAAUGUCCAUGCACCACCCAAUGAAGUCCAAAUCUCCUCUUCCCUUAACUUUACAACAUUUAGUGGCAUUUUGGGAAGACAUCUCUCUGGCUACUAUCAAAGCAGCUUCCCAGAAUAUGAUUUUUCCAAGUCCUGGUUCUUGUGCAGUCCUUAAAAAGAAAGAGUGUGAAAAAGAAAAUAAGAAGGCCAAAAAAGACAAAAAGAAAAAGGAAAAGACAGAAGUUCGACCCAGGGGUAAUUUGUUUGGUGAGAUGGCCCAGCUGGCAGUGGGAGGACCAGAGAAAGAUACCAUCUGUGAGCUGUGUGGAGAAUCCCAUCCGUACCCAGUGACAUAUCACAUGCGACAGGCUCACCCAGGUUGUGGCCGGUAUGCUGGUGGACAAGGUUACAAUAGCAUUGGACAUUUUUGUGGAGGAUGGGCUGGUAACUGUGGUGAUGGCGGCAUAGGAGGAAGCACUUGGUAUCUGGUAUGUGAUCGCUGUAGAGAAAAAUACCUCCGUGAAAAACAGGCUGCUGCGAGGGAGAAGGUCAAGCAGUCCAGGAGGAAGCCAGUGCAAGUCAAGACUCCUCGUGCCUUGCCCACCAUGGAAGCUCACCAGGUGAUUAAAGCAAACGCGCUCUUCCUGCUGUCCCUGAGCAGUGCAGCGGAGCCAAGCAUUCUCUGUUACCAUCCUGCAAAGCCAUUUCAGUCUCAUCUUCCCAGCGUGAAAGAGGGCAUUUCUGAGGAUCUUCCUGUUAAAAUGCCUUGUCUCUACCUGCAGACAUUAGCUAGGCAUCAUCAUGAAAACUUUGUGGGCUAUCAAGAUGACAACCUAUUCCAGGAUGAAAUGAGAUACCUACGUUCAACAUCUGUACCUGCCCCAUACAUAUCCGUGACACCAGAUGCAAGUCCUAAUGUAUUUGAAGAGCCAGAGAGCAAUAUGAAGUCUAUGCCUCCAAGUUUGGAAACUAGCCCCAUAACCGACACUGAUCUUGCAAAGAGAACUGUCUUCCAAAGAUCAUACUCAGUUGUUGCUUCUGAAUAUGAUAAACAACACUCCAUCUUACCUGCACGAGUGAAAGCCAUUCCUAGAAGAAGAGUUAACAGUGGAGACACUGAAGUUGGUUCUUCCCUCUUGAGGCAUCCAUCUCCUGAGCUUUCCCGGCUAAUCUCAGCCCACAGUUCUCUUUCCAAAGGAGAACGAAAUUUUCAAUGGCCAGUUUUAGCUUUUGUUAUACAACAUCAUGAUCUAGAAGGUCUUGAAAUAGCAAUGAAACAGGCCCUAAGGAAAUCUGCUUGCCGAGUUUUUGCCAUGGAGGCUUUCAACUGGCUUCUGUGUAAUGUUAUCCAAACAACUUCUCUACAUGAUAUUCUGUGGCAUUUUGUGGCAUCAUUAACUCCUGCUCCAGUGGAACCAGAAGAAGAAGAGGAUGAGGAAAAUAAAACAAACAAAGAAAAUGCAGAACAAGAGAAGGACACGAGAGUAUGUGAACAUCCCCUCUCGGAUAUAGUGAUUGCCGGGGAAGCUGCUCAUCCUUUACCCCACACAUUUCACCGCUUACUUCAGACAAUCUCCGAUCUUAUGAUGUCUCUCCCCAGUGGCAGUUCAUUACAGCAAAUGGCCCUAAGGUGCUGGAGUCUGAAAUUCAAGCAGUCUGAUCACCAGUUCCUCCAUCAGAGUAAUGUCUUUCAUCACAUUAACAAUAUUUUGUCAAAAUCAGAUGAUGGAGAUAGUGAAGAAAGUUUUAGCAUCAGUAUUCAGUCUGGCUUUGAAGCAAUGAGUCAGGAAUUGUGCAUAGUAAUGUGCCUAAAGGACUUAACCAGCAUUGUUGACAUAAAAACUUCAAGCCGACCUGCCAUGAUCGGCAGUUUGACAGAUGGUUCUACAGAAACCUUUUGGGAAUCAGGAGAUGAGGAUAAAAACAAAACUAAGAACAUCACCAUCAACUGUGUAAAAGGAAUCAAUGCCCGCUACGUAUCUGUCCAUGUGGACAAUUCGCGAGAUCUCGGGAAUAAAGUUACCUCAAUGACCUUCUUAACUGGCAAAGCAGUAGAAGAUUUGUGCAGAAUAAAGCAGGUUGAUCUGGAUUCCAGGCACAUUGGUUGGGUAACAAGUGAACUUCCAGGAGGGGAUAAUCACAUCAUCAAGAUUGAAUUAAAGGGCCCAGAAAAUACACUGAGAGUUCGACAAGUGAAAGUCCUGGGCUGGAAGGAUGGCGAAAGCACCAAAAUUGCUGGCCAGAUUUCAGCCAGUGUGGCCCAGCAAAGGAACUGUGAAGCCGAGACUCUGCGAGUGUUCAGACUUAUUACAUCUCAAGUAUUUGGAAAGCUCAUCUCUGGAGAUGCUGAACCUACACCAGAACAAGAGGAAAAAGCACUACUGUCCUCACCUGAAGGAGAGGAAAAAGUAUACAAUGCAACAUCAGAUGCUGACCUGAAAGAACAUAUGGUUGGAAUCAUAUUCAGCAGGAGUAAGCUGACUAAUUUACAAAAACAGGUGUGUGCUCACAUCGUCCAGGCUAUUCGCAUGGAAGCCACCAGAGUUCGCGAAGAAUGGGAACAUGCUAUAUCAAGCAAAGAAAAUGCCAAUUCUCAGCCCAAUGAUGAAGAUGCCUCCUCUGAUGCUUACUGCUUUGAGCUGCUCUCUAUGGUCUUAGCCCUGAGUGGCUCUAACGUGGGCCGCCAGUAUCUGGCUCAGCAACUAACUCUACUCCAGGAUCUCUUUUCACUGCUCCAUACGGCCUCUCCUCGAGUCCAGAGACAGGUAACCUCCUUACUAAGACGAGUGUUGCCUGAGGUGACCCCUAAUCGUCUGGCCAGCAUCAUAGGAGUAAAAUCCCUUCCCCCAGCAGAUAUCAGUGAUAUCAUUCACUCAACAGAAAAAGGAGAUUGGAAUAAGCUAGGUAUCUUGGACAUGUUUCUGGGAUGCAUUGCCAAAGCACUCACAGUACAGCUAAAAGCCAAAGGAACUACCAUCACAGGAACAGCUGGUACCACUGUGGGCAAAGGUGUUACCACAGUUACUCUUCCAAUGAUUUUCAAUUCCAGUUAUGUCCGUCGAGGUGAAAGUCAUUGGUGGAUGAAGGGCUCAACUCCUACCCAAAUCUCAGAGAUCAUCAUUAAACUUAUCAAGGAUAUGGCAGCAGGUCAUCUGUCUGAAGCAUGGUCCCGAGUGACAAAAAAUGCCAUUGCAGAAACCAUCAUUGCCUUGACCAAGAUGGAGGAAGAAUUUAGAUCUCCAGUGAGAUGUAUUGCAACAACUAGGCUCUGGCUUGCUCUAGCUUCACUGUGCGUGCUGGAUCAGGACCAUGUAGAUCGUCUCUCUUCGGGGAGAUGGAUGGGAAAGGAUGGACAGCAAAAACAAAUGCCUAUGUGUGACAACCAUGAUGAUGGAGAAACUGCAGCUAUCAUCUUGUGCAACGUAUGUGGAAAUCUGUGCACUGACUGUGACAGAUUCCUUCAUCUUCAUCGGCGAACCAAGACUCAUCAAAGACAGGUCUUCAAAGAAGAAGAAGAAGCUAUCAAGGUUGACCUUCAUGAAGGUUGUGGUAGAACCAAAUUGUUCUGGUUGAUGGCACUAGCAGAUUCUAAAACAAUGAAGGCGAUGGUGGAAUUCCGAGAGCACACAGGCAAGCCAACCACAAGUAGCUCAGAAGCAUGCCGCUUCUGUGGUUCCAGGAGUGGAACAGAGUUAUCUGCUGUUGGCAGUGUGUGUUCUGAUGCAGACUGCCAGGAAUAUGCUAAGAUAGCCUGUAGUAAGACGCAUCCCUGUGGCCAUCCAUGUGGAGGUGUCAAGAAUGAAGAGCACUGUCUGCCCUGUCUACACGGCUGUGACAAAAGCGCCACCACGCUGAAGCAGGACGCCGAUGACAUGUGCAUGAUCUGCUUCACCGAGGCGCUCUCGGCAGCACCAGCUAUUCAGCUGGACUGCAGUCAUGUAUUCCACUUACAGUGCUGCCGACGAGUUUUGGAAAACAGAUGGCUUGGUCCAAGGAUAACAUUUGGAUUUAUAUCUUGUCCCAUUUGCAAGAACAAAAUAAAUCAUAUAGUAUUAAAAGACCUGCUUGAUCCAAUAAAAGAACUCUAUGAGGAUGUCAGAAGAAAAGCCUUAAUGAGAUUGGAAUAUGAAGGUUUGCAUAAGAGUGAAGCUAUCACAACUCCUGGUGUGAGAUUUUAUAAUGACCCAGCUGGCUAUGCCAUGAACAGAUAUGCAUAUUAUGUCUGCUACAAAUGCAGAAAGGCAUAUUUUGGUGGCGAAGCUCGUUGCGAUGCUGAGGCUGGACAAGGGGAUGAUUAUGAUCCCAGAGAGCUCAUUUGUGGUGCCUGUUCUGAUGUGUCCAGGGCUCAGAUGUGUCCAAAACAUGGCACAGACUUUUUGGAAUAUAAAUGUCGCUACUGCUGUUCAGUGGCUGUUUUUUUCUGUUUUGGAACAACACAUUUCUGUAAUGCUUGUCAUGAUGACUUUCAAAGAAUGACUAGCAUUCCCAAGGAAGAACUACCACACUGUCCUGCAGCUUCUUGUAGACAGUGGAGGAGAAAAAGGAGAAGAGGAAGAAGGAAGAGGAGGAAGAGAGAAGAAGGAAGAAGAAGAGGAUGAGGAGGAAGUAGAAGAUAUAGACGAGGUGAAGGAGAAUAAGGAAGAGGAGGACCACAGUGGCUGCACUAGUUUCUCCUGGGUUCUACUAACAGAUUUCCUGUUUUCUGUGAGAAGGUUUCCCAUUCCUUAUGGGCCUUGUGAAAUUGGUGAGUCAUAAAUGCACAGAGUUCUUUGUAUAAUUUGCGUCCUCUGGCCCAUAAGCAAACUCACUUAUGACUGUCUUCUUGUCACCAUCCUACUCACAUGUUAAGAUUCUCCUCUCCCCUGCAACAUCUAACUGCACAGCUAUUCCCCAGGACAGAUUUAUUUUAACCACAACAUGGCUCAAGUCCAGGCACUGCUCUGUGUAAUAUGAACAUAAGCCCUGUCCUGUCCUGUUCUUUCAUUCUUCAGAGAAACAUUUACUGAGCCAGGAACUGUUGUAGGGGCCUAGAAUCUGUGAACAAAACAGACUGAGAUUCUCAUUUUCCUAGGUCUUAUAGUCUAGUCAGGGAGGCAGACAUUAAACAAUAGACAUACAGGGAGCCUGGGUGGCUCAGUGGGUUAAACUUCUGCCUUCAGCUCAGGUGUUCUGAGGGUUCUGGGAUCGAGCUCUGCAUCAGGCUUCCUGUUCAGUGGAGAGCCUGUUUCUCCCUCUACCCCCUCUCCCUGCUCAUACUCUCUCUCUCAAAUAAAUAAAUAAAAUCUUAAAAACAAAAAAACAUGGCCUGAGCCAAAGACAGACACUUAGCUGGCUGAGCGACCCAGGAACCCUGAGGGGGGGAGAGAGAGAAAGAGAGAGAGAGAGAGAGAGAAUCCUAAGUAGGCUUCAUGUUCAGCACAGAACCUGAAGGAGGGCUCAAUGUCAUGACCCUGAGAUUAUGACUUGAACUGAAAUCAAGAGUCAGAUGCUUAACUGACUGAGCCACCCAGGCCCCCCAAGGAAUAAUUAUUUUAUUUUAUUUUAUUUUAAAGAUUUUAUUUAUUUAUUUGACAGACAGAGAUCACCAGUAGGCAGAGAGACAGGCAGAGAGAGAGAGGAGAAAGCAGGCUCCCUGCUGAGCAGAGAGCCCAAUGCGGGGCUCAAUCCCAGGACCCUGAGAUCAUGACCUGAGCCGUAUGCAGAGGCUUUAACCCACUGAGCCACCCAGGCGCCCCAGGAAUAAUUAUUUUAAAAUUAGAUGAAUAUGAAAAGCAAAUGAGAAAUUUGGGGAAUGGGAUUUUCAAUUUCAGUUUAUAGUUGGUAUAAACUCUAGAUUGGAGGCAAAGAGAAAAUCAGUAAGUUAGAAGAUAAUAUGUAAUGUGGCAAAGAGAAACAAAGAGAGAAAAUAUGAAAGGGCAGUUAAAAGAUAUAGAAAAUGAAUUGAGAGGAGUGAACAUGCAGCCCAUGUGACCAAAGGGAAGGAUUGAAGGGAAAGAACUAUCUGAAAAGACAGCGUCUUAUAGGGGAUGGGAGAUGAGUUUGCAGAAGAAGUUGUAACCCAUGGUGCACCUGGGUGGCUCAGUCAGUUAAGCGUCUGCCUUUGGCUCAGGUCGUGAUCCCAGAAUCCCAGGAUCAAGCCCCACUUUGGGCUCUUUGCUCAGUGGGAACCCACUUCUCUCGCUCCCUGCUGCCCCUCUGCUUGUAGUCUCCCUCUGUCAGAUAAAUAAACAAAAUAUUUUCAAAAAUAAUAAAAUAAUUUUAAAAAGAGAGAGAGAAGAAAGAAGUUGUAACCAGAUCCCUGCAUAAGGUAGGAGUUUUGAAGACCUUUAUCCUUUUCAAGGAAUAGCUGUCCCAGACCACAGGGAGAUUAACAGUUAAGGGACAUAUUUUAGCUUGAGCUCUAAGUUAGGAAAAAGAAAAAUUCUCUUUCUGAGAAUUCAUAGCCAUGGGCCUGCCCUCACUCAGGUUGGAGCCUGAAUUUAUCCUGUCAUAACCCAAGAAUCCAGGAGUCAAGAAAUUAUGAUAAAAAGUUCUCCAGGGGGCGCCUGCAUGGCUCAGGGGGUUAAAGCCUCUGCCUUUGGCUCAGGGUCCUGGAAUCGAGCCCCGCAUCAGGCUCUCUGCUGGGCACGGAGCCUGCCUCCCCCCCCCCCUCUCUCUGCAGGCCUCUCUGCCUACUUGUGAUCUCUGUCUGUCAAAUAAAUAAAUAAAAUCUUUAAAAAAAAAAAAAAAUUCUUCCAGGGUAGUAACACCCAGCACCACUUAGCAGAGGCAAACACAAAAAGCCUCUCUAGAGUGACACCCCCUCAAGCAGGCUGCACAGGAUUCCUACACCUAAAGCUUCACAGAAGAUGAACUCACCACCCCAAAUCAUAAAAUACAUGAAUAACAGCCCACCAUGAACAAACAUUUACAAAAAUCAAGAUUAGACCCCCAAUCAUUCCAUGCAAUUAAAAUGAUCAAAGAAAAAAGAAAGAAAGAAUUAAAAACAAAAUAGAAAAAAACAUCAAGAAAGAUCAAGCAGAUGUGAAAAGAACCACGUGUAACUUUUAGAAACAAAAAAUACAGGGAGAGGGGACGCCUGGGUGGCUCAGUUGGUUGGACGACUGCCUUCGGCUCAGGUCAUGAUCCUGGAGUCCUGGGGUCGAGUCCCGCAUCAGACUCCCAGCUCCACCGGGAGUCUGCUUCUCUCUCUGACCUUCUCCUCGCUCAUGCUCUCUCUCACUGUCUCUCUCUCAAAUAAAUAAAUAAAAUCUUAAAAAAAAAAAUACAGGGAGAGAUUGGCUUAACAGAAGCUAUACAGAUCUGAAGAAAAAAUUAGUGACUUGAAAGACAUAUCUGAGGAAAUCAAAAAUAUUUCAAUACAGAGCAAUAAAGACAUAAAAAUAUUAAAUUAAGAGAUAGGGAGGCAAUCCUCUCAUGCAGAAUAAUUCCAACAAUUUCUGUAGACAUUCCCCUCCUUCACAGAGAUGGAGUAUAACUGCCCAACCCUUUAGAAUGAUCCGUGCUUUGUGACUUCCUUCCAAACAGUACAGUACGGAAACAGAGGGGAGAAAAGUAAUUUUGGAGCAGAGCAAGUUGACCUCACCCUGAUGAAAGUCAACUCCAAGAGGGAAUAAGUCCUUUUGACAACAGGUAGCCUUGAUAUGAUAUGAUAAGAAUGGUACUUUAUAUACUUGUGAUCUUUCUCCCAAAUAAUCCUACCGUCAGUCCAAUCAUGAGAAAAACGAGACAAACCCUAAUUGCAGAACACUAUAGAAAACACUGAAUCCUAGGGCAGAACUCCUAACUGUGAAAGUCAUUAAAACAAGGAAUAAUUACAAUGGUGUGUUAGAAAGGACUCAACAUAACCUAAUCUAUCUUAACCAGUGAGGGUCAAGGGUCAAGGGUCAAGGUGGGUGUGGAGGUGAGAAGAACCUGUCCCUGGCAGAUGGGGUACACUGUAGAGAAUUUAAAAACAGUAGUAAUGCUGAUAAAUGUUGGUUUGCUUUUUAUUAUCACAUGUAUUGGCAAUUCUAAACAGGGUUGGCAGUAAAAGAUUCUGUGCUGGACCGAACUACUCCACAGCCACCCUCUUCCUUCCCCUUCAGUGGUACUGAUCUUGACGAAUACAACUGACAAAUGUAAGUAAGUGUUGACUCGUUUAAAAAUAAACACAAGUUGGGGCGCCUGGGUGGCUUAGUGGGUUAAAGCCUCUGCCUUUGGCUCAGGUCAUGAUCCCAGAGUCCUGGGAUCAAACCCCGAACCGGGCUCUCUGCUCAGCAGGGAGCCUGCCUCCUCUCUUUCUGCCUGUCUCUCUGCCUAUUUGUGAUCUCUGUCAGUCAAAUAAAUAAAUUUUAAAAAAUAAUUAAAAAAAACCCCACACACACAAGUUCUAAAACACAAGUUACAAAAAGGUGAAAUAAAAUCAUGAAAAAAAAAAAA